AGAAGUCUCUCAACAUGGCUCAAGCAAUUUUCUGGGUGCUAGCUCUUCUUGCAUGCUUCACGGCAACACAAUGCAUGAGUGCUGUAGACGUCAAGCAUAACGUUGUUUCGUCUCUUAGCGUAGCUCCAGUAGGUGAAGGCCACCAUGGAAGAGACUUCUACAAAUUCUUCUUCACCACCCACCCCGAGCACCGUCGGUUCUACAAAGGUGCCGAAAACUUCAGUGGUGACGACGUGCUCAAGAGCGACAGAUUUGACAAACUUGGAGACGCUAUUCUGCUCUUUGUGCACGUUUUGGCUAAUACAUAUGACAAUGAGCCAGUCUUCCGCGCUUUCUGUCGCAGAGUAAUGAUUGAGCACUUUGACAGAAAUGUUGACCCCGCUUUGUGGAACAUUUUCUUCCAAAACUUCUGGCAAGGAUAUUUGGAGAGCAAAGGAGCCACUCUAACUGCCGACCAGAAAACUGCUUGGAAUACCUUGGGUGACUUGUUCAAACAGGAAAGCCAAGCAUAUUUGGCCAAGAUGGGACGUCAACAUGCAUGAAUUUGCUGUUUGAUUCAUCGCUCUGGG